AUGACUAGCGAAUUGGUUGAUGAAACAAAUCUUAGAAAUAUUUUCUUACGUCCAUCAGAUGAUCUGACUUUUCGCAAGCAUUUAUCGCAUCUGUGUGCUUCAUAUCUUGGCGGAGUUUGGGCUAAUAUUCCAUCGCAACAUAUUCGCGUAACAAUUCAAAGAGGUGGUUCAAACAAUCAAAUAUUUCUUCUGGAACUUCCUGAUGGUAUAAAGACCGAAUGUAAUGAACCGCUCAAAGUUAUUUUUCGGGUUUAUAGAAACUUAACUAAAGAUCAUGAACUUCCAGAAGGAAUUGUUUUCGCUAUAUUGGCUGAACGACGUUUAGGUCCUAGAUUAUUAGGGAUUAUGCCUGGCGGACGCUUUGAAGAAUAUAUUCCCUCACGUACGCUUACUAACGAUGAAUUUUGCCUGCCAUGUGUUGCUCAAGAAGUCGGAAGAAUUCUUGCAAGAAUACACUCACUUGAUAUGCCUAUUGACAAAAGUUAUCGACUAAUGCAUUUUAUCGAUAAAAUUCAGAAACGAUUAAAGGAUUCUAAUCAGUGGAUGACAAGUUAUCCAAUGCAUACUACAUUAGCGAAAGUUGAUAAAAAACUUUGCCCUGAAUACAUAAAUUUUAAUUUGCUGUUGGAAGAAAUCGACAUGUGCAAAAAAUGUUUGGCAAAAAGUGGAAGUCCACUGGUUUUCAGUAACAACGAUGUACAUGAAGGAAAUUUGCUUCUGCGAAAUGGAUUUAAAGUUACUUCUGAAGGCUUUAUUGGUCAGAAAGACAAUAUUGAUCCAAUUGUUCUCAUCGAUUACGAAUACGCAUGUUAUAAUUAUCGCGGAUUUGAUUUAUGCCAUUAUUGUGUAGAAUGCUGUCAACAUAAUGAAGGAGAAGUAUGGCCUUACUAUAAAAUCAACCAAGAACAGUGGCCUAAUGAAGAAAUACAGCGAUUAUAUGUUGGAGCCUAUUUCGAUGAAGCAAACAAAAUUUAUCGUGAAAGUCAUGAAGCUGAAAGUAGAAAUCACUGCAUUUUGGAUUUGCCAAGUGAUCGUGACGCUGCCAUUGAGCGAUUGUUGUGUGAAGUGCGACAGUUUGCAGCAUUUCCACAAUUAUUUUGGGCACUUUGGUCAUUCCAACAAGCAGAAAUAUACCAGAUUGAUUUCGAUUAUACUGAAUAUGGUUUUGAUCGUUUAGCUAUGUACUAUUACUGGAAACCGGAAAUGCUCAAGUUUUUAAGUAAAUAG